UCUCACAGUCGCCUCGACCGCCGCCACGGACGCACGCAUUCUCUCCCGACAUUCCGCGCGACCGUGCCACAGAGUAGUUGUGUACGCAGAGCUGACAGUGACUUGACGUGAAGUGUAGUAUAAGUGAUCGUGAAAGUUUAUCUCCAAAUGGUGGUGCUUGAAGACGGGGCAAUGAUGACUACCAACCCUAAUCAAUAUCUCCAGCCAGAUUAUUUAACACCACUUCCCUCUUCUUUGGACUCCAAGAAAAGUCCGCUCGCGCUUUUAGCGCAAACUUGCAGUCAGAUCGGCGCGGACACUUUAGCGUCUAAACCGCUGCUGCCACCGCUCGACAAAAAGAAAUCAGUGAACAGUGUUAACAGUGAUUCUAUCAGUCGUUCGUCACCUAGUGCUAGUAAACCGGAUAAACCGCGUUCUUCGCCGGAAAGCAAACAUUUAGCUUUCAAACCAUACGAAGUUAAUGUUGUUACUAAGAAACCUGAAGAAAACCGGCCAUCAUCGAAAGCAAGUUCCGAUAGUUCUGAUGAUAAAAAAUCUGGGAAAAGUACUCCCGGACGAAAAUCUACGCCGCCUACUACAGAAAAUGGCAAAAGCAGCCCAUCCAGUGACCGCAAAUCUUCACCGGCUGGAUCUUCAGGCACGAGCCCGAUAAUUCGAUCGGGGUUGGAAGUGUUAGGGCAUGGAAAAGAUCAUCUAGGCGCUUUCAAAAAUUUACCCGGCCUACCUGGAUUCAACCCACUCGUCGGAUUGUGUUGUCCUCCUGGAAUGGAACAGCAUGCGAACCCAGCCUUCCGUCCGCCGUAUGCAGGAGCCCCAUUGAGCGCCCAUCACGCCGCAAUGUUAGCAGCAGCCGCCGGGUUCCCAGGAUCCACAAACCCUUACCUCGGUUACGCUAGAGUCAAAACACCUGCCGGCGGAGAAACUCUAAUUCCAGUUUGCAAAGACCCUUACUGCACUGGUUGCCAAUUCUCCGUCAACAAUCAUCACCUACUCAUGAGCAACGGCGCAUGCCCCGCCGGCUGCACGCAGUGUGAACAUCAAAAGUACAACUUAGCGAUGGCCAUGGCGCUCUCACAGCAAGGGGCCGGAAGCCUGCCGUACGCGCAAAUGAGCCGCCCCUAUAUUUGUAAUUGGAUUGUUGGUGAAUCCUAUUGCGGAAAACGUUUUGGGAACUCUGAGGAGCUUUUGCAACAUUUGAGAAGUCACACAACGGACGGAUCCACUCCUUCCUCGACGUCUUCACAGCCAUCGCUAUUAAAUCCGCUGAAUCCUUUGUUUACGACAGCUGGGCUUCGCGGAGCGUAUCCGACGGCACCGUUGAGCCCGCUUUCGGCGAGCCGCUACCAUCCUUAUUCCAAAGCUCUACCUGCAAGUCUGGGCUCGUCUCCUUAUGGUGCCUUCAAUCCGGCACUGGGGCCUUUCUACUCGCCUUACGCCAUGUACGGCCAGAGGCUCGGAGCAGCUGCAGUGCACCAAUAAACUAGUGUAGUGAGGAUUAAUGACUGACAUAUGAAAUGUUUGUAUUGUCCAAUUUUCUUCUGUGAUAUCAAUAGACUAUAUUUUGAUGUUGUAAGGCGUCACGCGCCAUGACAAAUUUAGUGAAUAGUGCAAUCUUAAAUAGGUAAAGAUAAUAUAAGUUGAUUUGCCGACGAAAGUUUGUUUAAACGCGGGUGCAGAAUGGAUAUGAAGACUAUGUACAGCCAAAUGAUUUGUGUAAAUAUUAUUCUAUGUUAAAAAUUCAAUGAAAAAGUUUCAAAUACAGUAUCUUUAUGCGAAUUA